UGUCCCCCAAUAAACGCCCCCUCGCAUCACCGCCGUCUCUCCCGUGUCUCUUUGGGGUCCCGCGGGGGGGGCCCCGCAGGUGACACUUCCCCCAACAUGGCGUCCCCCAGGGGCCGCCGCCAUUGCCCGCCACGGCCGCCGCCAUGUUGGGUGCGGGCACGCCCUCAGCCGGAAGCGGAAGUCGGUCACGCCCCUCGCUUCCGGCCGCGGCGGGGCCUGGCCCGGAGGGUCCCUCGGUGGCGCUGGCGGCGGCGGCGGCAGCGAUGGACAGCGAGUUCUCGGACGCGGAGGCGGCGCCGGGCGGGGAGGAGAACGCGCCGGUUUAUUGCGUGUGCAGGAAGCCCGACAUCAACUGUUUUAUGAUCGGGUGUGACAACUGCAACGAGUGGUUCCAUGGGGACUGUAUCAACAUCACCGAGCGCAUGGCCAAGGCCAUCCGGGAGUGGUACUGCCGCCAGUGCCGCGAGAAGGACCCGUCCCUGGAGAUCCGGUACCGGCACAAGAAGUGGCGGGAGAAGGAGCACGAGGGGGCCAAGGGGCAGGAGCUGGAGCAGGGCCGGGCGGCCAAGAUCAAGCGCUCGGCCCGCAUGUGUGGGGAGUGCGAGGCCUGCCGGCGCCCCGAGGACUGCGGGCAGUGCGAUUUCUGCCGGGACAUGAAGAAGUUCGGGGGCCCCAACAAGAUCCGCCAGAAGUGUCGCCUGCGGCAGUGCCAGCUGCGGGCCCGGGAGUCCUACAAGUACUUCCCCACCUCGCUGGCGCGGGGGCGCGAGGGGGACCUGGAGCUGCUGAAGGCGCAGCUGGGGCCGGGGCCCCCCGAGAGCCUCUCGGACGAGGAGCUGCCCCUCGACCCCCGGCUCUACCAGGAGCUCUGCGCCGGCGCCUUCGACGAGCACGGCCUGCCCUGGCUCAGCGACGCCGAGGACGCCCCGUUCCUCGACCCCGUCCUGCGCAAACGCGCCGUGAAGGUCAAACACGUCAAGCGCCGCGAGAAGAAGUCAGACAAGAAGAAGGAGGAGCGGUACAAGCGGCACCGGCAGCGCGCCCGGCACCGGGAGCGCCGGGGACACCCCGAACGCGCCGACGCCCGGGACCCCGCGGGGCUGGGCCAGUGCCUGGGGCCCGGCUGCACCCGCCCUGCCCGGCCCCCCUCCAAGUACUGCAGCGAGGCCUGCGGCAUCAAACUGGCUGCCAACCGGAUCUACGAGAUCCUGCCGCAGCGGAUCCAGCAGUGGCAGCAGAGCCCGUGCGUGGCCGAGGAACACGGGAAGCGGCUCCUGGAGCGGAUCCGGCGGGAGCAGCACCAGGCGCGGCUGCGGCUGCAGGAGAUGGAGCGGCGCUUCCACGAGCUCGAGGGGCUCAUCGCCCGUGCCAAGGGGCACCCGCCCCGCGAGGACGAGGAGAGCACAGAGGGGGACAGUGAGGACACGGACCUGCAGAUCUUCUGUGUCUCCUGCGGCCACCCCAUCAACCCCAAGGUGGCCCUGCGGCACAUGGAGCGCUGCUACGCCAAGUACGAAAGCCAAACGUCCUUCGGGUCCAUGUACCCCACCCGCAUCGAGGGGGCCACCCGCCUGUUCUGCGACGUUUACAACCCCCAGAGCAAAACCUACUGCAAGAGGCUGCAGGUGCUGUGCCCGGAGCACUCCCGGGACCCCAAGUGGUACAAGCUGGACGAGCUGUUCGAGCAGGAGCGCAAUGUCCGUGCGGCCAUGACGAACCGGGCGGGGCUCCUGGCGCUGAUGCUGCACCAGACGAUCCAGCACGACCCGCUGACCACGGACCUGCGCUCGGAGCGCUGA